AUGGGUUGCUGCCCCACGGACUGCUUCCCUUGCUGCGGUCAGCAGGGCCAGGUGGACUGCUGCGAGACCUGCUGCUGCCAGCCGACCUGCUGCGGGUCGAGCUGCGGUGGCUGCGGCGGCUGCUGUGGCUCUUGUUGCGGGUCUAGCUGCUGUCUGGCUGUGGGGGAGGCGGCUGUGGAGGCUGCGGGGUGCGGAGGCUGCGGGGGCUGUAAUGGCUGCGGAGGCGGCUGUUGCGGCUGCUGUGGCAGCUGCUGCGGCAGCUGCUGCGGCUCUGGCGGCGGCGGCUGCUGCGGACCCGUGUGCUGCCAACCCACCCCAGUGUGUGAGACGAAAUGA